UGUGACCCAGUGACCCAGUGCUGCCAGUUGUGCAGCAAACGUCCUUCUUAGGGACCUCCACUCAGUUGUAACCAGUUCAGGGUAAACUGUGAAGAAGCACAGCUGUGGUCUAUUAAGAAAAGCAAAAGUCCUGCAUGGUGGCACAUGGCUUAAUCCCAGCACUCGGGAGGCAGAGGCUGGUAGAUCUCUGUGAGUUCGAAACCAUCUUGAUCUACAGAGUGAAUUACAGAAAAGAGCCCUGUCUGGAUAAACACUCUGCUCUAGCGCUCUCUCUCUCUCUCUCUCUCUCUCUCUCUCUCUCUCUCUCUCUCUCUCUGUGUGUGUGUGUGUGUGUGUGUGUGUGUGUUGUUAUGUUUUUACUGGGUUUAAUCCAGUUUCCCUGUUUUAUUCAUUUCUGUGAGAGAUGUGAUAAAGCAUUUUAGCUGUGAUUUGCAGGUGCUUUCCCUCUUUAAUUGUAAGCAUCGUCGACAUAUAUCUUUCCUCUUCUGCAUCUUAUUGAAAUGUAUUGACGUGUACUAGUUGCAUAUCCUUAUGUCUGCAUAGAAUGUAUUUUAAUCAAAAUAUCCCCCACUGCCCCUUCUUCUCCCUCCAUUCCUGUCCCUAUCCUUCCUUUUCCUAUCCCCUUUUCUACUUUUACGUCUAUUUUUAAGGGUGUAAACAAAUUAGUUAAUUGGAGCUACAACAGGAGCAUGGACAACUUGCCAAAGACUGUACCACUUUCAACCAUCGCUGGCCUUUCCCCUCGCAAUCAUUGGCUGCCUAUAAUCUAUAAUCUAUGAGCAUAAACAUGAAUAUUUAUAAGCAGUUUGGCAGGCACGUCAUGUGCAGUGGACAGUGGUUAUUGCAAAGAUCCCAUGGCUGGUCAAAGUGCUGAGAAUAAGCAACUGUUGAGAGCUCACCCCUGAAUGGGGUAUCUCUCUUACCCCCUCUAAGGCUCAAGAAACCUUACAGAGAAGAGAAGGAGUUCAUGUCAGAUCAAGAAGAUGAGGUGGACACGGGGAAUGUUGUUUUCCAUGGACGGCAUGGCCAGUGUACUCUCUAAUCUCAGCAGCUGGUGACUCCUUCACAGGACUUGUACAAGAGACCAGGCUCAGCAGCACAGGAACACUGGGAGCUUGGAUAUUGACUGUGUGACCUUGGGAUAUAUCUGACUCUCACCUCAGAAAGGCCACACCAGCCCGUCUGGCAGGAGAUCAGAGCAGCUAGCGAACUUCUGCACAGUGGAUAGCAUGUCUCCAAAAGUUUCCUGCAGUCUGUGGAAGAUCUGACUGCACCAGUGAGAUCUGCUCCCCCUCUCUGCCUCCACCUUCCUCUCUGCAUGGUCCCCACUCAUGGCCACAGCAGUCCACAGAAAUGGAAACCUUUCAGCGGUGUCCCUGCAGGUGUUUGUGCUGGUGGGAUUUGGGGGAGGCUCAGAAAUCCAGGCCCUGCUCUUUGCUGUCUUCCUGGUCCUGUACGUGGUCACCGUCCUGGGCAACCUCACCAUGAUCAUGGUCAUCACCCUGGAUGCCCGUCUGCACUCCCCCAUGUACUUCUUCCUCAAGAACCUGUCCUUCGUUGAUCUCUGCUACUCUUCCGUCAUUGCCCCUAAUGCCCUGGCCAACUUCCUCUCUGCCUCCAAAGUCAUCAGCUUUGCAGGAUGCGCCACUCAGUUCUUUUUUUUCUCCUUGUUGGCUACCACUGAGACUUUCCUCUUAGCUGUGAUGGCCUAUGACCGUUUCAUGGCCAUCUGCAGUCCCCUGAGGUACCCUGUGACCAUGUGCCCUAUGACCUGUGUCCGUCUGGUCCUGGGUACCUUCUGUGUGGGCUGCCUGAACUCCAUUGUGCAAACCAGCCUCACGUUCCAGCUGCCCUUCUGCAGCUCCAACCGUAUUGACCACUUCUACUGUGACGUGCCCCCACUGCUCCAGCUGGCCUGUGCCAGCACAGCUCUCAAUGAGCUCUUUCUCUUCGGCCUCUGUGGGUUUAUCAUCGUGAGCACCACCUUAGCUGUCCUGGUUUCCUAUGGCUACAUCACCGUGACCAUCCUCAGGAUGCACUCGGGAUCUGGGAGGCACAAGGUCUUCUCUACCUGUGGCUCUCACCUGACAGCCGUGUCUUUGUUUUAUGGGACUCUUUUUGUCAUGUAUGCUCAGCCAGGAGCCUUGACAUCCAUGGAGCAGGGCAAAGUGGUUUCCAUCUUCUACACCCUGGUCAUUCCCAUGCUCAACCCCCUCAUCUAUAGUCUGAGGAACAAGGACGUGAAGGAUGCCCUGUGGAGGUUAGGGCAGAGACACAACCUUGUGAGGGCAGUGAGAGGCUGCCCUGAGGUCAGAGGGAAUGCUUCUGUGUAGAUGACUGAGCAGUGGGAACCAGCCUUUUCUGUCUUCAAAACAGAAAUAAAGGUGAGUUUGUUUGCCCACUGAUAGUCUUCUUUUAAGCUAUUUCACCGACACAACAUAGACCUAGUGGGGGCUCUAAGAAUUAGCAAAGUUUACUCUGUGCGCAGAACCCUAAAGGCUGAAAGGAGUGAGGGCUCCCAUGGCACAAAGACCAACUGAGAACAUGAACUGUUU